UUAUUACUCCCAUAAUAAACUCUGUCUGGUCUACCUAAUACCAAUCAGGAAAUCAUUCCCUACUCAACACACCGAUCUGAACAGAUCAUCCAACCAAACAAAAAGAGACAGAUAUAUGGUAUAAGGGCUUGGAAAUUUAAACUAAGCGAACCCGAGCAGGACACGGCAGGACAAUUGCAGUCUAUGGCAGAUUCUAUAUAGGUACAUCUUGUCUGUCUACAAUGUUUUUUCGUCGAUUUCCAACCUAUUGGAGAUAUACUUUAUAUCCAUACCGGGGUAAUUACAGGAAAACACUAUAAGAUUCUCUCCGGAAGGACAAGCAUAAUGGUCAUUACGUAAUCAACAUCAACUAUCUGAUGCGGAUGAAUUGUUCGAACGAUGCAACUACCAUGAAAUAAGAGUCGUAAUGAUAGACACCUAAAAACAUGCGUCUCAUUUUUAAUUCAGUAAAGAAAAUGAUUCUGCGAUGACGUCAUAAAGGUGUGUUGGAACGUGAUAAUGAGCCCGUCCAUGUGAUAGCGUCAUCGGCCCUGGAAUCACCAAACGCCCGACAUGCCCGAGGGGCUAAACAUUCAAGAUAUUUUAGCUUUGUGAUAGUUGGGUCGACACCAUCAAUGCUGCAUUGUCUACAGAUAGAAAAAGAUAGCAUUUCUGUGUCGUCCUAAGGCAUAGAAGAGAAAAGGUUGUCCUUAAAUAUACGACCAUCGGCUUCUGUGAAAAGACACGAAUAAAUUCUGGCGUUCGACCUCGGGAAGUUCUGAAGAUAUUGACGACGGAGUUGUGCGCCCUUCUGUUUCGUCGUGUCGUCUGCUGGCAGAUUUAACUUCUUCUGAAGACAAAACUACGCACGGGCAAUGUAACCCAGCCGUAUCUACACUUUUAUCAAGGUUUGGUUGUACAAUAUUGAUUGUUCGGCUUUGACUGGCGCACCCCACACAUGAGGCAGACAGUUUGAGGAGAAUAGAGUACAAACAAAGUGUUAGGAAAAUGACAAUGUAGGACAUAAGUCGAUAAUUCUCAUGAUAGCAUUCGCGUCAACUGAUAAGACACAUUGCUCUUCGAUGAUCUCCGAUAUAUCAUCGGAUAAUGUACUACAGCUGAAAUUAUUUCUGGAAGCUAGUGUUCACUUUCAUGGCAUCAUUUGAUACGUAUGGGGCCGUGGCACGGACCUGAUGACUGUUCGGUGUUUUUAAGAUUCACUUAUGGCGUUUACGUUUGACGAUUUGCUCCUUUCUGCCAUCUUGAUUGGAGAUGUCGCGACGGGAAAGUCUUCCAUUGUAACUCGAUGUUCUGGCGAGAACUUUGAUGAUAAGCCCAUCGUCACAACAGGUGUGGAUUUUAGCAUAGCCAAGCUGACGUUAGGAGAGGCUACCAAAGUCCGCCUACAACUGUGGGAUACCACCGGCCAAGAGAGGUACCACGCCAUCACCACCCAGUACUACCGGAGGGCCAUGGGCGUGGUCCUAGUCUAUGAUGUCACUAGGAAAGAUUCGUUCGAACAUUUGAAGGAGGUGUGGAUUCCCAUGGCGAUAGAGAAUGCUGACCCGGAAGCCGUUUGGAUGUUACUAGGAAACAAAGUUGACCUUGCUGAUUGGCGUGAAGUCAGCAUAGAAACUGGACAUGAGCUUGCUGUGUGCCUCGGAUGUCCUUAUCUUGAAGUCAGCGCUCGAGAGAAUCAUCUUGUCUUUGACGCGUUCCGUAUUCUUGCCAACCAAAUCCUGAAAUAUACGUACCCUAAGCUGAAUCCAUGCGUUAGCCCCAACGCAAAGACCAUCAAACUGAAAAAGGAACAUGACAAGCCAAGCUGUUGUAGAUGAUAAAACAAUCACCAUCGAUUCUCAACGUUGAUCGGAGAAGAUGUCGAAAAUCAAACAUGAAUGGGUAAACAGUCGGUUCAUCGGUCGUCGUCUUGAAUUGAUAGUCGAACCCGCCGCCGUCGUCGACGUCGGAUGUCAUAUACAGCACGAUGUCAUUCUAUACGGGCUAUUCGAACGGCAACACAAUCACUUUCGACAGUUUUCAUGGUUUCGAUGUCACUCUUUCUCUGAUGGCAUAUGCGUCCAAGACUAUCAGGGGACUUUGAGAGAAGCAUGAGGGCUAGUUGUCGGGAUCAACCCAAGCGAAAGCAAAUCAUUUAACAAUAACCGUCAUCUUAACUUGUGCCAUUGAGGACGGUUUUACAGCUACGUUCUGAAAGGACCAAUAGCGAGUUUUCGUAACGCCACGAAGAACAAAUUCAAGGGUACAGUAGAUUUAUU